AUGGAAAACCAGCUCUGGUAUAACACACUGGGGUGCUGCAAUCAAUAUCAAGGAAGUCCUCAGGAUGCUGAGGACUUCCUACUCCUACUACUGGGCCUCAUCAUUCUUACCAACAUUGGGAUCAAUGUGGCAACUGUGAUGUGGCAUGGGCUCCGGAAUGCCUUAGACAAGAUGAUCAAUUGGAUUAAUCAGAAAAAUAAAAUCCUGCAGACUGGUGAAAGUUCCCCCAAAGAUGUCAGGGCCCAAGAUGUCCACAUUCACUGCACCCUGGACCCUGUAGAAGUGAAGAUGGCCCCACCCACUUGCUGCUACUCUUCCUUCUACCACCAUCUCCGCAACCGCCAUCGCCCCUGCAGCCACCAGAAGAGUCGGAAGAAUCACAGACAAUUCCCCAAAAACUGCUUACCCUUCCAUAGCCCACAUCACAGCCACGAGAUGUCACGGCUGCGGCUGAUGCCGUCUUAUGAUCAGGAGGACCCGCACUCCUUCUGGAAGGAAGAGGAUGACCUGUCUUUCCCACAUCCCAAGUGCCCACGGGGGCGCUGGGGAAGGUUCUAUCAACAAAAGGGGCUGCCCUCCAACAUGAGGCUGUGGGGCCGACAGGGUGGGAUCCUGGCCAGCCUGCCACCACCCUCUCUCUAUCUUUCACCGGAGCUGCGCUGCAUGCCCAAGCGUGUGGAAGCCAAGUCAGAACUGAGGCUGCAGUCCUAUGGGCCCCACUGCUCACAGUCCCACACCUGGGGCAAUAUGGAGGCUGAGCAGUGCACUUCGUCUCCACCACCACCCCGCCGGCUGCCCCCUAACCCCUGCUGGGUCCCUGGGGGGCAAAGCUCUUAUCCCUCAGGGGGCCAGCAACUGUAUGACUCCUGCGAUCAGCAGCGGCGUGGUCUGGAAGUCUCUGAGCUUCCAUCUGCCCUGGUACCCCGGGGUUCCCGGCCCGAGGCCCAGGAGCACUACUCCCCACAGUCCCACCGUCGGAGCCUCCCCAGCCAGGCUUAUAGCCUGCCCAACCGCAGCCCCCACGCAUCCACAGGACACUUGAAUUACACUUCCCAAGAUGCCCGCGAGGUGCGGCGCCACAUGGCCGAAUGGGCUGAGGCGCUGCCCAUCCGGCACCCUCUGACCACUUCUACCUCCCUCACCAUGUUGAGUGAGGCCUCAUACCAACAGGCCCUGGCUCCCAGCUCAGCCUUACUCCCCCACUCCUCCCAGCCCCUGCCCGAAGUCCAGGCUACUGAACCCCACACACCCUCACCCACCUUCAUGCCACUCAGCCGGAGCCCGGGGGGCAAUGCCAACUACCAGGUAUAUGACAGUCUGGAGCUGAAGCGGCAGGUGCAGGAGAACAGAGCACGGGCCAACUCACUGCCACCACCUUCCAGCUCAACCUCGAGGCCCUUGCUGCACAGGAGCCGGACUGGGAAACUUAACUGA